GCUGGUAUUACUUUCCAAUCAGGAAACUGAUACUUUUAAACUAGACUGGCGUUUCAACGCUUGUGUUGUUUUUUAUGGAUUUUGGCAUUUUGUCCGAAAUCACGGUGGCUUAAAGUUUAUGCUUUUGAACUAAAACUAAAGAUCGUCUGUUAAAAUACCUCCUGAAACAUAAAAUAGAUGUGUCUUCUCCAAGAGAGCCUGCUUUAAGACUGUGAGAGAACUUUGUGCUUAAAGCCUCUCUAGUAUUUUAUUUUUUUUUUAGAAGAGGAAAGUCCUGUUUGUCUUCCUCAAAGCAAAACAAAGGAGUUACUCUCAUGGCUAAUACCACAACACCUCAAGCCUCAUACAUCACAGAGGAUCCACAGGCUGAUGAAUGCCGUGAAAAUGUUCCACCUAGAGAUCCUAAAGCUGAUGACUCUUCAAAACUAGAAAACACUGAGAAUUUCACCUUACAGUUGCAAGAAGAUGGUGUGAAUGCUUUUGUUUCUUCCACUCCUGCUUUAAAAAAUAAAAGCAGUGAUUUCCAGGCAAAGUCGGUGCUGUCAGGUGUCCAGUAUUCUUUAAGCCCAGUCUUUAAAAACCUAAAUAUCCGGAAUAAAGGCGCAUCUCCAGAACCUUUUAAACUUCGAAACAGUCCUAAUCUUGCUGUUCCUUCUAGUUUUCAUGCUGCAAACUGUCAAAAAUCAACCGAAGACUCAAGGACACAAAAGAAUGGUGAGGAUUUCUCUAUGAUCAACGAUGAAUGCUUGCCAGAAGUUACUCUGUUCAAUAUUACCUCGGAUUCAAUGAUGCACCCGACAAUGAAUGAUUCAGUCUUUCCUGAAAGACAACAUGCAACUCCUCAGCUUUAUGGUAAAAAGACAAUAACUUCAGAUAAUCAAAAUAGCUUUUGUACAAAGGUGGAUGAAUCUUUUCAGAGCGCGCCUUCAUUCCAAGGGAUUUUUAAUAACUAUUUACAAGACAUAAGUCUCCUUGAAGUUACGCGGGACUCUCCAGUUGGACACAUGUCCUUCAUGGACAUGGAAGAUGUCAGAGCGACUUCUGAUCAUAAUGAUCAAAUUAUGACAGAGAAAUCGGACACAAUCACAAUUGAGGAAGUCUCCAGCACGAGCAGAAACUCUGCCCAGAGUUCAAGGCAAAACUCAAUUAAGUCAGCCUUGGAGGCAAGUCAGGAUGUUACUUUGGAAAACAGCAAGUCUUCAUUUGAGUCCGGUCAACAAAAAGUGGAGAAAUCUCAAAAUCCAGACAAUGGCACUCAAGUUAUCAAUAUUACUCAUGAUCUAUGCUCCUCUUGUGAUGCCUCUACGACUGUCGACAUCUCUUCCUCUGGCAUAGAAAGAUCAACCCAUGAGGUUUGUCCUGAACCGAGAGGAAACUCUGAUUGCAUAGAGGCUGAGAUGGUCACAAAGGAGUCGCAACGGAGCCCAGAAUUGGAGACCGGUGGACAAAAACUAGAGAUAUAUCAGAGUUCAGACACACACUGUAUCCAAGCUAUUAACAUUACUCCAGAAAAAACCCCCGGCUGUGACACGUCUGUGCAGACUGCACACUUGUCUUUUGACAUGGACAAAUUCACCCCUGACUUGGAAUCUGAACCCCCCAAAAAACCUGAAGAGCUGCCAACCUGCUGUGACACCAAGUCAACCAACAAAGAGUCACAACAAACCCUGAAACCAGACGUGUCUGCAAACGGCACGUUUGCCGUUGAGCAACCCUCUAUGCAGACUGUUUCCUUCGUCAAGAACGAGACUCUAGAUCUUCUACCAACCAACGUAAGCAAGGCAAAAGAUGUCAAGGAAACUGGAGAUCAGCAAACUUCUGUCGACUCUAAAACUGAAGCUUCCUUUGUUGUGCAUCAGAGCAGCUCAGACGACAAGGAAACCACCUUCGCCGUAGCUCAGAAUGUCACUGUUGAUGGAGAUGUUCUUCAAAAAUCUAAACUCCAGAUCAGUUCCGCCUUAGAGAAAACUCCUGCUCCACUUGGUCACCGGAACGGGACAUUUGAUUAUAAGCUUCCCUCACAACUAAACGACACAAUCACUUUGGCAGAAAUGAGCUCAAACGACAGUCAUCAAAGCAGAUUGGGCAGCUCCUCCACUUCCAAAGCAAGAAAUGCAACAAUUACCCUUAAAGAUGGCUGUUCUGAAAACAACUCGUCAAAACUCCAAACAAAUGAAGCUGCAGAACCAGAAACCAAGAAGGAUGGAAGCCCAAACAUGACAAAUGAAGCUGCAGAACCAGAAACCAAGAAGGAUGGAAGCCCAAACAUGGCAUUUGAAGCUCCUCUACAGCCAGCCAAUGUAUCCAUAUAUCUUUCACAAUCAGGUCUUUCCGAUUUUGAUGAGAGUUUGGAUUUAAGACCUCAGUGCGUGGCGAGUUCUACACCAAUGGUGGGCAUUAAACUGUUAAACAUUAAACAGGCUUCUGAGACAAAGAGAGGGGCUGGCCACAUCCUAACGGUGCAGAAAAAACUUUAUGGGAAAACGCCUAUAAAGCCAUCAAACACCAUCAAACCGUCAAACAUCAUUGGUGAUCGUAAAACAUUCUUCAAGCAGCCCACAGCUAAAAUCCCUCAACCUGCCUCCAAAAUAGCCUCAGAGUUGUUGAAAUGUAAUCCACCAGCGGCGGCAACAGGCCUGCCGGUGAAACUACAGAGACCCGAUGGGGAGGCUGCGAAAAGUUCUGCUGCUCCAAAGGAACAGGAGAAAAACUCAAGUUCGUACAACCUGCGAUCUUUAGCCUCCAAGCUGCCGCCCCCCUCUGGCUUGCAGAGACCUCAGGUGAGCGGCAUUCCCGUUGGCUUGCCGAGGGCUGCACUGAGCCUGAGAGCUGCUCCCUGCUCAAGCACAGAGAAACCAAGCGGACCUGCAGCUUCUAACUCUGGUGCCAUCUCUGUCAAGAUGGCACCAGGUAAGAGGCAUCCUGUGGCUAAAGGAGACGCUUUGCCUGUGUCAACGAGGAGGAAAACGGAUGCCAGCACAACUGAAGCUCCCGUAUCCGUCGGCGCCGCCGCCAGCGGGUUAAAACCAGGGAAACAGCCAACAGCCGGCCACAGUUCUGCCCCUGGUAAAUCCUCCAGAACUGAUGCUGUAGCUGCUAAAACAGCAGCAUCAUAUGACGUCGUCAGCAGGGGGAAGGGCUUAAAACGGGCAGCAGCCAAUCCCAGAGCUAACAAUGGCAAACCGCAAAGCCAAGGUUGUGUCAAAUGUGAGCUUUUGUCACAAGAAGUGGAAAGGCUAAAGGAAGUGCUUCGCAAGCAUAAAAUACCACUGAACGACUGAAGACUUCCAUGAUGUUUGUUUUUUAAACAGUUUAAGGAUUUACAAAGUAUUCAUUUUUUUCUUGUAAGUGAAGUGGGCAUCUGCAACUUUUACUUCUUAAAUUGAAUAUUGAUCUAUAACAUUGUGCUGGUGAUCUUAAUUUUUUGAAUACUCAAAACAAUCUUCUAUGUAAUAUCAACACUAAAGUAUUGACUUCAGAGGAAAGAACAAUACAUACUUGCAGAAUUAGGCCAACUCAGACUUUUUUGUAUUUAUGGAAAUUAAAAACUAAUUUAAAAAAUAAAGAGCAUUUUUUUCAGG